AUGCCUCUUCAACGCCACCUUGUCCGCCCCUCGACCUCCCUCCGACUCGCGAAGACUGCCGCAGCACCGACCCAAUCCCAAUGCCGCCGACACAUCCAGGACAUUGCCAUCACGCGCACUGGCAAGCCAAUCAUUCGGACUCCUGGUGGCAGGAGUAGUCUCGGUGGCCACACUGUGACUGUCUUCGGUGCUACGGGUUUCUUGGGUCGCUACAUCGUCAACCGCAUGGCGAGAGCAGGAAACACUGUCGUGAUUCCAUUCAGAGAAGAGAUGGCCAAACGACAUCUGAAGGUAACUGGCGACCUGGGCAGAGUGGUAAUGAUUGAGUACGAUCUAAGAAAUACUGGUUCAAUUGAGGAGUCUGUACGCCAUUCAGACAUUGUUUUCAACCUGGUCGGCCGCGACUACCCUACCAAGAACUUCGACCUGGAGGAUGUGCAUGUCGAAGGUACCCAUCGAAUCGCCUCAGCUGUCGCGAAAUACGAUGUCGACCGCUUCAUUCACCUCUCAUCACACUCCGUACACCCAGAGUCACCCUCGGAAUUCUUCCGGACCAAGUGGAGAGGAGAGCAGGUUGCGAGAGAAAUCUUCCCAGAGACUACAAUCGUGCGGCCCGCACCCAUCUUCGGCUUCGAAGACCGGCUGCUUCACAGGCUGGCUCGCGCCACCAAUGUCCUGACUGCGAAUAACCUCCAAGAGCGCUUUUGGCCCGUCCACUCCAUCGAUGUUGGCAAGGCACUGGAGGCCAUUGCUAUGGACGAUAGCACUGCAGGUCAGACCUUCGAGCUUUAUGGACCGAAGGAAUACAGCAUGAAGGAAAUUUCGGAGCUUGUCGACCGAGAAAUGAUCAAGAAGAGACGGCAUAUCAAUUUGCCAAAAGCUGUUCUCAGGCCUUUAUUCGGUGUCUUGAACAAGGUAUUAUGGUGGCCAGUGGGCAGUGCUGAUGAGGUCGAGCGGGAAUAUCUCGACCAAUUUAUCGACAAGAACGCCAAGACGUUCAAGGAUCUUGACAUUGAGCCGGGCGACGUCGCUAACUUCACAUACAAGUAUUUGCAACACUACCGAAGCUCAUCAUACUACGACCUGCCACCCAUGACUGAGAAGGAAAAGCGAGAGGAAAAGAAGUACUUGCACGUUCUCGACGACCAGUAA